CUUGCAACGCCCAGCCAUCGUCUUUCCCAUCCACCACCACCCAACCUAACUCAUCGCAACCCCCCCCACAACCAUCCUCGAACCGUCCCAAACCCGUCGACAAAAUGUAUGUCAUAUCAAUCUGAACCCGUCGAUGAGUGUUUGUAUUUCCUCAACCACGCCUAUUUAACGAACGACCGCGUCUCCCCCUUUCGCCCGUCAUGACCACCACCCUCGAACGCAGUCUCUCUCGCACGUCGAGCAUGUCCAUACCCGUCUCCAGCCCUAGGCUAUCUCUCAUCCACGAAAGCACUCCUCCGGCCCUCACAGACCCAACCCUAUCGCACAUUCACGACCGCCUGACCCUCUUGGAUUCCCGCUUGCUCGAGCUGCGCUCCAGCGUGCUGACAAAGGAUGGCUACGUUGACCGACGCAACCGCGAAGACGAACACAUCCGCCGCGAAUUCGAAGCCAACCGCUCCGUCUCCAACCGGAUCGACCUGAACGUGGUGGCAUUGAAGACGGAUUUCGACCAGCUGAAGUCCGGGAUUUCCCAGCUCAAGUCCAGCAUCGGCCAGAACGGCAACGAGACCGUUUUCCUUCGUAGCGACGUCGACCGCUUGUCCAAGAAUGUCGAUCAGAUUCAGUCCGAUAUUGAGCACCUGCAGACCGACGUAUGCGGAUGUCGCGUGGAGAUCAGCAAACUCCACGCGACCAUCAGUCAACUUCGCACGGAUCUGAUCACUCUACAACAUGAAACGUCGCGACAUCUGACUUCGGUGUUCAAUCGGUUCUCCCUCAUUGAGGCCCGGAUGAAGCACUCCGAGCGGGUCCGUUUCAACUCGUUGGCCCAUACGACACAUGCCCCGAUCACGCCUGUUCCGGUUGUCGAAGAUGCCGGAUCGUUACAAUGGCCCGAAUACUUCCCUCGCACUGUGUGGCGGUUCUGGUGUUUAAAAAAACGAAGUCGGAUUAACCGGUUGGUGCAACUGGCCGAAUUCUAUCAGCUUGGAGGAUAUGAGUACUGGGGCCGUAUGCAUCAGGAGCAGUCGCUGUUUGCCAGCGAUAGCGACUCGAGCGAUUCCAGUGACUAUCCAUCCAAUCUGAGCCGAGCGGAAGCCGUUCGCUUGUAUCCCGAAGCCGCACACCAGGCCUUGGCUGCAACCCUGGGGCUGGUAUAUUAUAAGAUUCGAAAUGAAGUGGGCGAAGCGCCGAAUGCUGCCAUACCUCGUCCACCCAAGCGCCAGCAGGAAGAGGUCGUUUCCGCGACCUCUAGCACCAAGGGAAAGCCGGUCAAAAUGGCACGCCCACCAACCAUGUCUCCGACUACGUUGAAGAGACUCGUCACUGGACCCUCUCUGGAGUCCAAGUCUUUGACUUCUGAAGAAUCGGACAAGCUUGGCUGGAAUGCCCACUCCGACAUGUCGGAUGACACUAUGAGCAAGCUCCGUGGGAUUGUUUCCGAUGAAGUCGGGACAUUGCUUCGGGCAUUGGAGCGAGGCCGCAUCCGGCUCAAGUCCAAUCGCUCAGAGCGGACGAAUCUGUCGCCCACGGAGUCCAAAGCCAGCUCUCGCAACGGCAAGGCCAUUGAGGGUGAUGAGCCAACCUUGCCGAACACGAUCGCCACUGAGAUCGUGCCUAUUUCCUCGAGUAACGCCGAGAAGAUGGAAGACCACGAGCUUCCAGACACCGCGUCUGAUGCUACGAGCCCACUGACUUGAUCGGCUGUUGGCAUUCUUCCAUCAGAACUACACACUGCAGUUGUGUAUCUCUCCCAUGUCGCACUGAGACUGCCCAACGUCUGCACCGCAGAGGUUAGGUACUAGCUGCGAGGUCAUUCCCUGCCAGGCUUAGUCGCGCCAUCGAUCAAUCGAGGCUGCGGAGCCGCUGGACCGGUCUACUUAGUAUCAGAGGGCUCAGGCGACACUGUUCGCUGUUCGCAAGCGGUUAUACAAGCCGAAGCCGCUUGAUAUAGGCUUUUCAAGCCACCGACACGUGUG